UCACACAUCCAUUACACUGUAACCACAGGCUAAUAUAUUCACUUAAUGAUUCAUGCAUGUAUUCAUCCUCGGAUCUUCCCCAACAAAUUCACAUUGAAAGUUUUUCGUUUUCAGUUAAGACAUUUUGAUAGGCCGUAGCGGGGGUGGAGAGGUGUGCGCCAAAUGACUGAACAUUGACCGCAUUCAUUGCUGUAAAGCGUGCACGAUACUGAGGACCAUGAGUCGCAGCAGGCUUUAUUUACAACUGCGAUCAUGCCGUUUUUAUUCCGGAGGUUUGAGAGCGAUUUAUCACAGAACCCUGGACAGGAUCGAGUUAACGCUACCGCCAAAAUUUAGACCUCUCUACAAUCACCCUGCUGGGCCGAAGACUGUUUUCUUCUGGGCACCUGUUUUCAAAUGGGGUUUAGUCGUGGCUGGAUUCUCUGAUAUGACCCGGCCACCAGAAAAGCUCAGCUUGUCCCAGUCCUGUGUCAUUACAGCCACAGGAUUUAUUUGGUCAAGGUACUGCUUGGUCAUCAUCCCUAAAAUCUGGGCACUGUUUGCUGUAAACUUCUUUCUAGGGAUUUGUGGCAGCAUCCAGCUCUUCAGAAUAUGGAGGUACAACCAGCAGCUGAAAGAAGAGGAAGUACAGCAGUCUUAAAGUGAAGCUGCAUGCGAUCGGAGCAGAGUCUGUCUUCAGUGUGUGACUACUGAUGAAGAAUGUGUGUUGCUUUUAAGCCAAUAAGGCGUAUUUUGCACAAAUUACUUUUUCCAAUGAACAAAUUAAACCUUUUCUAUGUGUAAAAUUAAAGGAGUGGUUCACUUCAAAAUUCCCCCAAUUGACUUUCCACAGUCAUUUUUAUUCCUACAAUGGAAAGUCAUAUUUUGGAGUGAAAUACUUUCCUUAAAUAAUAUUCCAGAUGUUCCCACAUAAAAUUAAAUGGUAUUAAGUUGUAUGAUUGUCAUUUUAAAACUUCGAUCAUAUGUGUGUUGUUUGUACUGUAAAUUAUUCUGAUUCGUCAUCAUUAUUAUUGAUUCCUCAGUCAGGUUUAAAGAACUUUAAUAGUUGCAAUAUUGCAAUAGCUCUGUAUCAAGAAAUGGUUAAUGAAAUUAAAGUGAACUUGGAUUAAUAAACAAAGUUUUACAUGCAAUUUUAAGUUCCUAUCUCAACAGCAGCCUACACACUGAGUUUAAAUAGAACCUUAAGGGUCAUUUGGUGCUGCCCACUUCCACACACUCUCCACUUCUAUAUGAGGAAUCAAAGGAGCAGGACAAACACGGGCUCGCUUGUGUUCCCUCAUUCUAAAUUAGAGCCCAUAAUUCUCUAUAAACCUGAUGUCAGUAUAUUCCACAUUCUGACUCUAAACUGAGUCAAGGUGAUGAAUCAUUUGUAUGUCCUAAACCAUGUACGUCAUGCUUUACGUCAUGCUUCACUUCUGUGGCCCACACAUUUGUUGCAUGUAAACAGCAAGAGAUGGAAUUUUAUGUCUGACUGCUUACUGCGUGUAUUGUAGAAGUAACUUUCAGAGACUUUCAAAUCUUAACUUCGAUCUACCUGUGUUUGUAUAGCAGAAGCUUCUUUUAACCGAGGGAUGCUAAACACUGUUCUACUGUAGUGUUAAAUUUGAUUGUCAAAAGUCAUUUUAUUUGACUGGAUUUGCUGAUUCUAAGUUUUCUGUUUGUUAGAUAAUGAUAUAAUUAUUAAAAGUUGUUGGUUUGAUAAUACGCUUUAAAGAACAAAGAACACCUUGUUUUUGUGUUGAGUGCCGUCUAAUUUUUAAAUGGUGAAACCUGUUCAUGUUGUAUCGUGUUAAUAAGCAGUUGUGUGCAAAAAUAAAAAAAAGCAAACACAA